AUGUAUGCUAGCGCUCAUAGCGAGUUCGCCGUAAGUGCGCGCACAAACGUAAAGCACCGCUCCGCCGCCCCGAAUGCUACCUUGCGGGCUUUCUCUAGUCGUCCGUCGACGCAACUUUCCUCUCGUUCGCUCACGAAAGGUGCAGUUGGAUUGAAAUGUCGUCAACCGAGCGUGCGAAUCACUGGACGUCGGUCCUUGGUCGUACGCGCGGAAAAAGUCGUCGGUAUCGAUCUCGGUACCACAAACUCUGCGGUUGCCGCGAUGGAGGGUGGUUCCCCCACGAUUGUUACGAACGCAGAAGGAGGUCGCACCACGCCGUCGGUUGUUGCCUACACGAAGAGUGGAGAUCGCUUGGUGGGUCAAAUAGCCAAAAGACAAGCUGUGGUGAACCCUCAGAACACUUUCGCUUCCGUCAAACGUUUCAUCGGUAGAAAAAUGGAUGAAGUCAAGAGCGAGUCGAAAGAGAUCCCAUACUCAGUUGUGAACGCGAGUGGAAACGUAAAAAUUGACUGUCCAGCACUUGGCAAACAGUUUGCAGCAGAGGAGAUCUCGGCACAAGUGCUUCGAAAGCUAUGCGAUGAUGCUGCAACGUUCCUGGGAGAUACUGUCACUAAGGCCGUUGUAACCGUCCCUGCAUACUUCAAUGACAGUCAACGACAAGCUACCAAAGAUGCCGGCCAAAUUGCGGGGAUCGAAGUUCUGAGAAUCAUCAAUGAGCCUACGGCGGCCUCACUGGCUUAUGGGUUUGAUAGGAAAUCGAACGAGACAAUCCUAAUCUUCGAUUUGGGAGGUGGCACGUUCGAUGUCUCUAUUCUUGAAGUUGGAGAUGGUGUCUUCGAGGUCUUAUCUACCUCAGGAGACACUCACCUCGGUGGAGACGACUUCGAUAAACGUGUCGUCGAAUGGUUAGCAGAUGAUUUCAAAAAGGCUGAGGGGAUCGAUCUGAAGAACGAUAAGCAGGCAUUACAACGCCUUACUGAAGCUUCCGAAAAGGCGAAGAUGGAGCUCUCGAGCACAUCUUCAACGUCUAUUUCACUUCCUUUCAUCACUGCAACGGCUGAUGGACCAAAGCAUAUUGACACAUCUCUGACUCGGACGAAAUUCGAGCAGCUUUGCGACGAUUUGAUCAAUCGCUGUAAAGUUCCAGUGGAACAAGCGCUGAAAGAUGCAAAAUUGAGUCUGUCCGACGUCGACGAAGUGAUUCUCGUGGGCGGCUCUACUCGUAUUCCCGCUGUGCGCGAGUUAGUGAAAAAGCUCACAUCAAAGGACCCAAAUAUGAGCGUCAAUCCUGACGAGGUUGUCGCACUCGGCGCUGCGGUCCAAGCUGGCGUGCUCGCCGGUGAAGUCUCCGAUAUAGUACUACUUGAUGUCACACCGCUGUCUCUUGGGCUUGAAACUCUGGGGGGCGUGAUGACAAAGCUCAUUCCCCGAAAUACGACUUUGCCAACAUCGAAAUCUGAAGUGUUUUCCACUGCCGCCGACGGUCAAACUAGCGUGGAAAUUAACGUCCUACAAGGGGAGCGUGAGUUUGUCAAAGACAACAAAAGCCUUGGAACUUUCAGGCUAGAUGGUAUUCCUUCUGCUCCACUUAACGCUCGAACUUGCUCCUCGACGGUAGCGCACUUGGACGUCGGCUCGGCGUUUGAACCAACGAGCGCUUCGCACAUGUUGGUCCAGUAG